CCGUAGUGGACCCUGCCUUAACUUAGACCUUCAAUCUAUCUAACCGAUUAUCUGCAUCGUACUUCGUACAUCGCACAUCAUAUUGACCUACUUAUUUCAGGUACGCGGUGAAUAUACCAGUCGCGCCCUCAUUGUACACUUCGAUUUCAUACUCUAUUCCGGAACGAAUUCAUUGAUUUCAGAUACGAAUUAAACGUUAGGCUUCCAUAGCUCAACGCCGUCAACAUGGCUAACGAGCAGAAUCUGCUCGCCUACUUUACCACCAUGGAUAACCAGGGAGGCAUCAUCGUCAGAGAUGCUCCAAAGCUAGAUCUUGAAUUGUAUAUAUCCAAUUACAGAGGUCGUACACGCUUUGAGCGACUAUUGUUGAUUGGCCAAUCCUCCGUACCCCUAUGCGUCGAUGCACUAAAGGCUGCCAUAAUCGAAGCCAAGCGUGGAAAGGAUAUCCAACGAUACCGUGAUGCCUGGGAAUGCAUCCGCGCUGCCGCACCAGACGAACCUGAGGCUAGGUGGGACGAGGCUUGGGUAAACAAAACAGACCGGGCAAACAAGGCGGAAACGCUUAGGAUGGAAACUGAGCUUAAGGGAUACAAAAACAAUCUAGUCAAGGAAAGCAUUAGGAUUGGCCACCGUGAUCUCGGCGAACACUUAGAAUCCAUUGGUGAUCUAACCACCGCUUCCGAAUACUACAUCAAGAUGAGGCCCGACGCUAGUACCCAAGCGCAUAUUCAAGACGUAGUCAAGCACGUUGUUAGCAUAUUGCUUCAAAAGCGAGACUGGGCUGGGCUAUUGGCAAAUGUGAAUAAGGUUCAAGCGGCGAAUAUGGGAAGCAACGACGAUCCGAACGCCGAGCAACCCUACCAGAAGAUCAUGUCAGGUCUAGCAAAUCUCGGUCUCGGGAAAUUCUACGAAGCUGCUAGAUGCUUUCUUAGAGUCGAUAACGCGAACCACGCCCAUCACUACAACGACACGGUCAGUCCGAAUGAUGUUGCUACGUACGGCGGACUUCUAGCACUCGCUUCGAUGGACCGAAAAGAAUUGCAGUCCCGAGUUUUAGACAACUCUAGCUUCAGAAGCUAUCUAGAACUCGAGCCACAUAUCCGCAAGGCUGUCUCUAUGUUCGUCAACGGACGAUACUCCUCUUGUUUGGAAAUAAUCGAGUCGCACGCAAACGAUUAUCUCCUCGACAUAUAUCUUCAGAAGCAUGCUUCCACUAUCUUCUCGCAGAUUCGCAGCAAGUGUAUCGUUCAAUAUUUCCUACCGUUUUCAUGCGUUACCUUGGACAGCAUGAACGCAACCUUCGCCAAGCCUGGAGAGUCUAUCGAGCGAGAGCUUGUCGAAAUGAUAAAAAACAAAGCCCUAAAUGCUCGCAUCAAUACCAUUGACAAGCUCCUCGUCGCCGUCUCCAACAAUGCCAGAGUUGCUAUGCAGAAACAGGCCUUGGAUGCCGCCAACAACUACGAAAAAGAAGCUAUCGAGCGAAUUAGACGAAUGAACAUCGUAGCAGCUGAUCUCGAAGUUAAGGGUUCCCGAAAAGGGGCCGGGGGAGCUGGCUUGGGUGAUGUUUGGCCAGAGGACCCCAGAAGACAGCUGAACUCGAGCGAGGCUGUGGCCUAGGAGGCAUUGCUGAAGUAGGGCGGCAAUCCUUGCAGGGAACAUGAGCUCGAGGUGGAUGAGAUACGAAUCGAGAGCGAUAACUCAGCUAGCGAUUCGCAAACUGACGAUACGGACACGUGCAUGAUAUGAGAUCGAGUGAUCCUUAGGAGUUAGG